GUUUAUCGAUUGGCAGUUGAGGCCAUUGCCAGUUUCUGAAGCAGAGAGAUUGCGAAGCUCCUCCAUAGUCGUCUUCUACAAUGGGUCGUAUGCACAGCAGAGGAAAAGGUAUUUCAGCUUCAGCAUUGCCGUACAAGAGGACUCCACCGAGUUGGCUCAAGAUUUCUACUCAAGAUGUUGAAGAAAACAUCUGCAAAUUCGCGAAGAAGGGUUUGACGCCGUCUCAGAUCGGUGUAAUUCUUCGUGAUUCUCAUGGUAUUGCUCAGGUCAAGAGCGUUACUGGAAACAAGAUCUUGCGAAUUCUUAAAGCUCAUGGGCUUGCUCCGGAGAUUCCUGAGGAUCUGUACCAUUUGAUUAAGAAGGCCGUCUCGAUUAGAAAGCAUUUGGAAAGGAACAGGAAGGAUAAGGACUCGAAGUUCAGGUUGAUUCUUGUGGAGAGUAGGAUUCAUCGGCUAGCUCGCUAUUACAAGAAGACCAAGAAGCUCCCACCUGUCUGGAAAUACGAGUCAACCACUGCUAGCACACUUGUUGCCUGAUUUUGUCCACUGCUUCACUUAUGGGCGACUAAGAUCCUUUCAUUCACUCUAUUCGAUGUAAGGUAUUUCCCAUUAUGUGGUAAUUGUUCCAAGGAAUCACAGAAACAUAAGGAUCUCUCAUAGUGAUUUUGUAGUUUUUCUUAUGAUAAUUAUAAUCGAUAUUCUUCUGAAUUCAAGAGUGGGAAUGUGGGCUCUGAAGCAUUUUGCGCCAUGGGUUCCCCUGUAUAAGUAUGCUACUUGGCCUACUGAAAAUUUAAAGCUUAUUGGGAUUGUUUAUGGU